AUGGCUGCUCAGCAGCUACUCAAGCAAAAGAAAAAGCCCUCUAAGGAGGCAGUGCUGUUCCCUGAGAGCAUCACCACAGAGCAGCAGUCCCUGGUGCUGGUGAAAAGGCUCCUGGCCAUCUCUGUGUCCUGCAUAACCUACAUGAGGGGGCUGUUCCCAGAGAGCUCCUAUGGCACUCGUUAUCUGGAUGACCUCUGUCUAAAAAUUCUCCGAGAAGAUAAAAGCUGUCUGGGAUCAUUGCAGAUAGUCAAGUGGAUUCAAGGUUGUUUUGAUGCUUUGGAGAAGCAGUAUCUACACGUGGCUGUCCUUGCAAUUUACACCAAUCCCGAGACAGUCACUGAAAUGUAUCAAUUCAAAUUCAAGUACAAAAACAAGGUGCCCCAGAUGGACAUCAGCAGCAACCACAGGGAGUUUGUGGCUGGGCUGUGCAGCAAGGAUGUCAAACAUGCCAGCAGGCUCCUGCUCAGGACCCUGUACCUGCUCAUGCAGGACCUGGGGCCACUGCCCAAUGACAUCACCCUGAGCAUGAAACUCCUCUACUACAACCAUGUCACUCCCAAGGAUUACCAGCCCCCUGGCUUCAAGGAAGAUGACAGCCCUGGUGACCUCUUGUUUGCUGGGGAUCCCAUCAACCUGAAAGUGGGCUCAGUCUCCACUGAUUUCCACCUCAUGAAAGUCAGAGUAACAACUGAGAAGAAGAGGGUGAAGAAGGCUGACAGCAACCUGAUCCAGAAGAAUGGCCCUACUGAGAUCUCCCACCAAGGGCUGGACUGUGAGGAAGAUGAGGAGGAGGAGGAGUGCACAAAGAAUCACCCUUGCCCUGUCAGAGCAGAUUCAAAUGAGCAUGAAGGGGACAGAAGUGACACCCAUCCAGGCAGAAAAACAGAAGCAUCUUCUUUAUGCCUUGAAGAUAAAGGUAAAUGCCCAAAGAGAGGAAUCAAGGAGACAGACAGGAUGCCUUGCUCAAGGGCGUGUCAGGAGAUAAACCUCCUGAACCUUGCCUUCAGCCAGGAAGAGGUAAUAGGACCUGAGAAGAAAAGGAAGGUCAGUGAACCAGAGAAGCUGCCUCUGAAUGGCAGGAGAUUAUGUUCGUUCUGA